UUCUAUUCUUAAUUUCGAUGGCCGAUAAUGAUAUCUCUGUUUCACGCGAGGUUUCCGCAGACCUGGCAAGGGCAGCAAAUGCUCUUGAGAACAUGCAGUCACAGUCUCAUUCCUCUACACUUGGUGCCUUGCUCAAUGUUCCUCCGGCACUUUUCGGUGCUGGCGGACCAAGGCUGAAGCAAUUCGAUGAAUCUGCUGUUAACAGCAGGAAGGGAUCGCAGGCUCCGACGCCUCCACAGUCAGUAAAGGGCAUCGGAGGCAAAGUUCCCAAACCUGAUUAUUCGGAGAGUAAAAUCGUUGUCGCGAUGGUCGGGCUUCCUGCUCGAGGAAAGUCCUACCUCAGCAAUAAGCUCAUGAUAUACCUCAAGUGGCUGGAGUACGAUGUGAAGGUGUUCAAUGUUGGACAGCUUAGGCGAACACGAGCUAGACAAAAGGCACAACAAAGCGGGAUUAAGGAAGACCAUACGGCUUCUUACUUUAGUCACAACAAUACCGAAGCGACUCAAUUGCGGGAGCGUUUGGCAGAGGAUAGUCUUGAGAUGCUUAUCAAGUGGUUGAAAGAAGGGGGUAAUGUUGGCAUUCAUGACGCCACAAACAGCACACGAAGUCGUAGGGCCAAAAUCCAGGCUCGUGUCGCGAAGGAGAAAGGGAUGAUCCUUAUAUUUUUGGAGUCCGUAUGCGAUGAUCCUGCUAUCAUUGCUGCAAAUGUGGCUUUGAAGGUCAGUUCGGGAGAUCCUGACUACAAGGACACGUCUCCGGAGGUGGCCAAACGCGACUUCCUUCGUCGUAUUCGUGAAUACGAGAAAGUCUAUGAGACCAUCACAGAGCCUUCCUUGUCGUACUUGCGGAUAGUUAAUGUGGGUAAGGAAGUGACACUAUCACGAAUCAAUGGGUAUCUCUCUAGUCGAAUCGCUUUCUACUUAAUGAACCUUCAUGUGAAGCCACGAAGUAUAUAUUUUUCGCGGCACGGGGAAAGCCAGUUCAACGUUGAAGGGAAAAUCGGUGGAGAUGCCCUCCUCUCUCCUCGUGGAAUGGAAUACGCAAAAGCAUUGCCUGCUUUAAUAACGCAGAGUGUAGGAGAUAAGCCAUUGACGGUAUGGACAUCUACACUCAGGCGUACUAUUCAAACCGCCCAAGAUCUUCCUUACCCAAAACUUACCUGGAAAUCCUUGGAUGAGUUGGAUGCCGGUGUAUGCGACGGGAUGACAUAUGCAGAAAUUGAAGAAGCGUAUCCGGAUGACUUCGCCAAUCGAGACGAGGACAAAUUCAACUACCGCUAUCGAGGUGGGGAAUCUUAUCGCGACGUUGUAGUCCGACUGGAGCCCGUUAUUAUGGAGCUUGAACGUCAAGAAAACAUCUUCAUCAUUGGACAUCAGGCUAUCCUUCGCUGCUUAUACGCUUACUUCCAUCACCUUCCGCAAGCGGAUCUUCCCUAUAUCAAAAUACCGCUGCACACCGUCAUCAAAUUGACGCCCAAGGCUUACGGCUGCGACGAAGAGCGCUAUCCGCUUCCAAUCUCCGCGGUUGACACCCACAGGCCAAAACCGAAGUCGGGGAACCAGCCUACGGUCCACGUGUCGUCUGCGCGACAAUAUUUUUCUGAAGACGUGAAGAAUUAAGUAGAGGCUGAGAUUCAUCGAAGGAUUAUUUGGGGGAUAUGAGGCUGUCUUAUAGAUGUCUAGGCCACGGGAUACUGUACACAUCGUAUUAGUAGCUUGUUCUAAGUAAUAUUGGGUCUCGUCCACGAUAAGCAGACAAGCAAUGACACGAUUCGCACGAAGACUGCUUCCCUCAAGUCGAGACUGAUAGAAGUUCGGCAAGUUCGAGCCCCAACGACAGGCAAUACCCGGAGUAUUCACGGAAGUCGUAUGAGCCACGGUCUUGAGUUGUUUCGUGGCAUGCUACAAGGAGCAGUUGACACGUAUGGG